AUUCCACCUCUUCAACGAGCCGCAGUAGCACAAAGAAUGCCUCCCAUACCCUUCCUCUGCAGGCAAUGCGCGCGAGCCCUCCUCCGGGACCUCCCCAACCCCCAACGCAAUCGCGUAACCAGGUUUGCUCGCCUCUAUUCCCAAAGGGCCCCCGACACAAAUACCAGACAUCCCGACGUCUCGCCCAAAACCCAAGACGCCGCAGAAGAUGACGCCUCUCCGACCACCAACAAGUCGGCGCCCCCGGACCCGGACCCGGAGCCGGGUCCCAUGACCCGCCGCCUCGAGGAGGCAACCGGGGAAGCCCUCCUCGCGGGCGGGCGCGCGGGCCUCCGCGCCGUGCGCGACGCCGGCUUCAGCGAGGACCUGAAGAACCGCCUGCUGGAGAGGCUCGCGAGCGCGCGCGCCGACGCAUCACUGGCGGCAGAAGCAGUCGAAGAAGGUGAAGAAGGUGUCGUCGGGGGGAUCCCGGCCGCGGCGGGGCAGGGGACGCGCGACGUGGCCUCGGCGCGGCCGUGGACCGGCGAGGAGGCCGUCCCCGACGCGGUGCUGCGCAUGCUAGACGACACGCGGAGGCCGCUGCGCCCGGGGCUCAGGGGGAAGCCGCGGAUCCCCGUGCCGAGGGGCGCCGAGCACGUGGUGGAUAUGCGCGUCCGUAGGGGGCCGGUGGUCGGUGCUGGGGAGAGGGCGGCUGCCGCUAGGGAUAGAGCGGCGGCGUAUGCGGGGAUGGGGAUGAAGGAGGCUGAUGUGGGGCUCAGCGAGGCGGAGAGGGAGGCUGUUAGGAGGGAGUUUAGGGAGCGGUUCUCGCCUGGGGCGAGGGGUAUGCCGAGCACCGUGUCGGGGUUGGCGGCGCUGGCGAAUGAGAGGAUCGAAGAUGCUAUUGCUAGGGGACAGUUCAAGGACAUACCGCGGGGGAAAGGCGUUGAGAGAGAUGACAGGGCGAGCAAUCCAUUCGUCGAUACGACUGAGUACAUCAUGAACAACAUGAUCAAGAGACAAGAGAUCGUUCCACCGUGGAUCGAGAAGCAGCAGGAACUGUCCAAAGCAGCGCACGUCUUCAGGGCGAGGUUACGAAACGACUGGAAAAGGCACGCCGCACGAAUGAUUGCCAGCCGGGGUGGGUCGCUCCAAGAACAGAUCAGCAGAGCAGUCGCGUUCGCCAGGGCGGAGGAAGCGCAAAACCCGCGCCAGAGGAACGUCGACCAGAUGUCGGUGCCGACCAACUCGACCGACGAUGCCGUCAUGGCAAACCUGCGCCGGCAGGCAUGGCCAGGCGACUCCAACCGCCCCGCCGCGGAGGUGGCCCCGGGUGAAGACGAAACCCAAGCGACACUUCCGAGCCCGUUCAGAGACCCGUCUUGGGAAGCCACCGAGCGGUCGUACAUGGAACUCGCAAUAUCAAACCUCAACUCGCUGGCGCGCUCCUACAAUCUAAUGGCGCCCGAGCUGGCAAAGAAGCCCUAUUUCUCGCUAGCGCGGGAACUGAACAAUUGCUUUGCGGACGUCGCGCCGCUGCUGGCAAACGAGAUAAAGGAGAGGGCAGCAAGGCCAUCGAAAUCCAUGGUUGACUCAGGUGGUGCCGCGCCUCGCGGCAUCCUGGAUCGGUUCGGUAAAGAGGGGAGCCCUGCACGGAUAUACGAGUCGAAGGCACCCCAGUACGGUUUCAAGGAGAUGUGGAGGGACUUGUGGAGUCGGCCCGGACGAUGAAGAACCUGUAAAGCCAGGGGUUGCUGCCAUGUGUGGGCAGAUAUCGCCGCUUCUGGGAGAACGACCUAUUUAUCCACCGUCUCAGUACCCUAUUCGAGACAA